GUAAGAUUGCUCUACUUCAUACAUACUUUGCAAUUAUGGGCAAAAAAAAAUAAUUUGUAUCAUCACUUCGAAUCAAGGAAAUAUAAAGGGGUUUUUUAAAAUUUUUACGAUCCAUUACUUCCACUAGAUCUCGAUAUAAUCAAUUGUAAUGUCUACUACUACUUCCUCAAACACCUUGAACACUCACAAGGUUGCCACCACCCUUUCUCUCGCCUUGUCUAUCUACGGUAACUUCCGUUACCUUGUUGGUCGUUCUCCUUAUGACAAGCACUCUGGAUUCCAUGUUGAUAACACUCCAUUCACUUUAAACAUCCUUGUUACUUUGAUCUUUUGGGGUAUUUUAUACUUCUUACAAGUGAGUUUCGUUACCCAAACCUUCUUCAGUUCCCUGUCAUCUACCACUGGUGGAAAUGUCAGUAGAAGUGAAAUCACCAAUGUUGUUGGAUGGCAUUUUACUGUUUUCAACAUUCUUUCGUUUGUUUGGUCUCUUCUCUUUGCUAGAAAGCAUUGGUUCUUAUCUGAAAUUGUUUUAAUCAUCAACUUUUUGAACAUUAUCGUUUUGUACUUUGGUCACAAGACUUAUGCCAUUAAGCCAUUAUCCACUUGGACUUUGGUUCAUUUACCAACUGCUGCCUUCCCACUUUCUUGGUUAUUAUAUGCCAUCUUCUGGAAUGGUGCUGUUCUUUUCCACAUUCACAAGUUUGUUGGUAGAGUUGUUGCCAACGUUUUGAUUUGGGACUUUUUACUUGUUCCAGGUUUCUUCUUAUUCAUUUUCAAUGAUUAUGGUGUUGGUUUCUCUUCAACCAUUUUGGCCUUUGGUUUAGGUCUUGGUCAAUUAUUCACCAAGGCUUUUGCCUUGCAAUGGAUCUUUGCCUUCACUAUUGCUGGUCUUUUGUUUGUUUUGAGUACCAUUGCUGCUGUUACCGGUGGUUUACACACCCAAACCAGAUCCACUGACGCUGAAGCUGCUCCAUUAUUGGAGAACUAAUGAGUGGAAGAAUAUCAAAAAAAAAUUAAAAAAUUAAAAUAUUCAUAAUAUUUUACUUCUUCUACGAGGGUUUGAAAAAUAUCCAAAUUUUUCUAUAUAAUGGUCAUAUUAUUUUGAUUCCUUUAUAGGUGCUUUAAUAGGUUGAACCAUUUUUUUAAUCAUUUUCAA